CGGACCCUGGUAUUGGGUCAUCUGCAUCUUCUCAAUAUCUGACUGGCUUGCAUUGUUGGAAACAAUGGUUUUGGAUGAUCUAUGUACCUUAAAAGAUACAUGUACCUCCUUGUACUCCUCAACGAUGGAAGAUUUGGAGGUGGAUUUUGAUUCGGGACUGGAGGAAGAUAAACUGAAGCAGGAGACUGCUUCUGAAGACUCCACCAUCUUCGUAGCCUUUAAAGGAGAUAUGGGGGAUAGAGACUUUGAGCAGAAACUCAGUGUCAUACUGGAGAACGUGCCUGGCCUUUUACACAUGGAAUCCAGCAAGUUGAAACUGCAGAAGAUAGAGCCUUGGAACAGCGUUCGCGUGACGUUUAAUAUACCCCGGGAAGCUGCAGAGCGGCUGCGCAUUUUGGCUCAGAACAAUAACCAACAGCUUCGAGACCUGGGAAUCCUCUCUGUUCAGAUUGAAGGGGAAGGUGCUAUCAAUUUAGCUUUAGCUCAGAACAGAAGUCAAGAUGUCCGGAUCAACGGGCCCCUCGGAGCAAACAAUUCCAUCCGGAUGGAAACGGGAUUCCCCUUGCAGGGGGGCCAAGGUUUAAUAAGAAUGAGCAAUGCAGCAGUAAUGAUGUCCCAAAGUGGAAAUGUGCCCUCCUCUAUGGUGGCAAGUGGUGCUAGUACUGAGCUGCAGCCAAGAACACCUCGACCUUCCUCACAGCCAGAUGCAAUGGACCCACUCUUAUCUGGGCUAAAUAUCCAGCAGCAAAAUCAUCCGUCUGGAUCUUUAGCUCCGCAGCUCCAUUCAAUGCAGUCAGUUCCUGUAAACAGGCAGAUGAACUCGGCCAACUUUCAGCAGCUCCAGCAGCAGCCACAGUUGCAGACACGUCCUCCCCAGCCACAUCAGCAGCCACAGCAGGGUAUUCGACCUCCCUUCACUUCACCAGCACAGGUUCCAGUUCCCCCGGGCUGGAACCAGCUUCCUUCUGGAGCACUUCAGCCUCCUCCAACCCAGGGAGCAUUGGGUACACUGACAGUAAACCAGGGCUGGAAAAAGGCCCCGUUACCUGGACAAAUGCAGCAGCAACUUCAAGCAAGACCAUCUUUAGCAACAGUGCAAACUCCUACCCACCCUCCACCUCCAUACCCCUUUGGAAGCCAGCAAGCUUCCCAGGCUCACUCAAAUUUUCCCCAAAUGAGCAAUCCUGGCCAAUUCACUGCUCCUCAAAUGAAAACACUUCAGGGAGGGCCCUCCCGGGUUCCUACGCCACUACAGCAACCCCACCUGACCAACAAGUCUCCUGCUUCCUCUCCCUCCUCCUUCCAGCAGGGAUCUCCUGCAUCAUCUCCAACCGUUAACCAGGCACAGCAGCAGCUGGGACCAAGGCCUCCCCAGGGUAGCACCCUUCCCCAGGGAUUUCAACAGCCUGUCAGUUCUCCUAGCCGUAAUCCUAUGGUACAGCAGGGGAAUGUGCCCCCCAACUUCAUGGUGAUGCAGCAGCAAAACCAGGGUCCACAAGGUUUACACCCUGGCUUAGGAGGUAAGAACAAAGUGGAGCAAAGAAGCACUUACCAGCAGAACUUGCUGCAGAGCCAGGUGCCUUCCACAGCGCCGGGAACGCCGGGGAGCAGCGGGGCCCUGCAGCUGCCGGGCAGCCAGAACGUGCAGCACGCAGGUGGCCAAGGUUCUGGACCUCCUCAAAAUCAGAUGCAGGCACCACAUGGCCCACCAAAUAUGAUGCAGACCAAUCUAAUGGGACUUCAUGGAAAUAUGAACAACCAGCAAGCGGGUGCUAGUGGGGUGCCCCAAGUUAACAUGGGCAAUAUGCAGGGACAGCCUCAGCAAGGACCACAGUCUCAACUGAUGGGAAUGCAUCAGCAAAUUGUGUCCUCCCAAGGACAGAUGGUGAACAUUCAGGCUCAGGGAUCAUUGAACCCCCAAAACCAGAUGAUCCUUUCUCGAACUCAACUAAUGCCGCAAGGCCAAAUGAUGGUCACACCACCAAACCAAAAUCUUGGUCCUUCCCCUCAAAGAAUGACCCCACCCAAGCAGAUGAUGCCCCAGCAGGGGCAGCAGAUGAUGUCUACGCACAAUCAGAUGAUGGGACCGCAAGGCCAGGUCUUGUUGCAGCAAAACUCAAUGAUGGAACAGAUGAUGACCACUCAGAUGCCAGGAAAUAAACAGCCUUUUAGCACUCAAAACCAGUCCAAUGUUAUGACGGGGCCAGCUCAACUGAUGAGAGGACCAACGCCAAACCUGCAGGGAAACAUGGUGCAGUUCACCGGGCAGAUGAUGGCGCAGCAGGGCCCUGUCAAUGGCAAUCCUUCCCAGGUCAUGGGCAUUCAAGGGCAAGUCCUAAGACCUACUGGACCUGGCCCCCACAUAUCUCAGCAGCUUGGGGACACUACGACUACGACAAGUAACGAUGUGAACCUGACACAGAUGUUACCCGAUGUUCCUGUGCAGCAGCCAAGCAUGGUGCCUUCCCACAUGCAGGCCAUGCAAGGGAACAGCAGCGCGUCAGGGAGUCACUUCUCGGGACACGGGCUGCCUUUCAACACCCCGUUUAGCGGAACUCCCAAUGGGAAUCAGAUUUCCUGCGGGCAGAACCCUGCUUUUCCUGUCAAUAAAGACGUCACUCUCACAAGCCCGCUCUUGGUUAACCUGCUGCAGAGCGAUAUAUCUGCAGGGCACUUCGGCGUGAACAACAAGCAGAAUAACCAGAAUGCCAAUAAGCCCAAGAAGAAGAAGCCUCCAAGGAAGAAGAAAAAUAAUCAACAGUUAGAACAAACCAAUUCUUCAGAACCACGUCCAGCUGGCUUGGAGGAGAAUGAUCAAUCUUCAAUGUCUGGAGACCAGGGAAUUAAUCUAGAUAAUACAGGCCCCAAACUUUCAGAUUUUGCCAGUAGGCCACCAGCCUCCUCUCAACAUUUAGCCCAGAAAAAAAGUUCAGUUACAACAUCAGAAAGUACUGUUCAAAGAACAGAACUUGAAACAAAUGCUGCAGUAGUUGCUGGUCAAAGUAAUGAGACAAAAGAGAAUUGUGAAAAGUCUAAAACUCCAAGUAGAAGAAAUUCAAGGACAGAGGAUUCUGCGGCUUCGCAAGAAACUGCAGAGAACGGACAGCGCAAGAGGUCCUCCCGACCAGCAUCAGCAUCCAGCACUGCAAAAGAAACGAGUGCCAGUGCAAUGCAGUCAAAAAGAAGAAAAUCCAAGUAAAUUACUGCAUGGAAACAUGAAACUUGUAAAUGAGUGUGAAUUUACCGAUAGCAAUUUUGAGCUGUGAUUUUUCGUUUUUUAAAUAAAAUUCUGUACAGUAAGUCAUUUUAAUAUUGUACUGUUCCCAAUAAAUGAUUUUUUUCUAUAAAAAAAAGAAAAACAAAAAAAAAAAACACAAAUAGAUCUUAAAAACCAGGUUCCUGUAAAAACCCUUUGGAUUUACAAAGUGAAGUCCAGUGUUAGCACAUUAGGUUAAUGUGUUUUUAAAGGGAGGGGAGGGGAGGGGAAGGCAAUUGUAAAUUUAUUUGUUUCCACUUUUCAUAAACAAAUUAGAAUACAGGGUUGUCAUUUUUAGGUAUUAACAUAAUGUAUUGUGCUGUUGUUUAAGUACUGUAUGUGAAUAGCAGUAAGAGGGUUAUAAACAAACUGAGUCUUGUUUGGAAAUGUAAAUAAUUUUAUUAUAUAGUAGAUCUGAUGUAUUUGUUGUAGAAAUGGACCAGUGGAAAAAAAAAUAAAUUUAAGGGUUUGUAUAAUGUGGAAUCCCUAAUGCUCUAA